AUGACCAGUUCCCCUGCAGUUGUGCUUCAAAAUAAGCGGGUUCGCGAGCAAGCUGGCAAGAGUCUGAUCAGGAAGUAUGAUUCACCUAUCAACCUGCGCCAUGAACACACCUCGAUUGAAGAACUUUUGGCAACUCUCUCGGUUGACGAACUUGAGGAAUCCGCCUGGAAGGAGAUGCUCUUAACUCGACUAGAAUCGACUCUUCUUCCGCUCCUAGAACGUCAACUUACCAUUCUCUCAUCAUCAUUAAACAAUGAUAACUUAAUUGAAGAAACAGAGCCAAAACUCAAGCACAUCACACUGAUCCAGAAAGAAAUCGAAACCACUAUAGAUCACAUCCACUUCUUCAUCGCUGCCGUCUGUCCAGAACCCAUAUCUGCACCAAAUCGAUUCAACGAUCAGCACCUUAAGCGACUGAAAUCCUAUAGGCUUCAUUGUCUCAAAGCGAUCUUUGUUAAAACGGUUUCAGAUAUCUGUCGAGUUUUCCAGGCGGCCGAUGAGCUCCUCGAACAUCUGAAGAUGAAGUUACUUGAUGGAUUCGAAGGGCGACAUGAGAACCGCUUCCUAGUGAGCUGGCACAACGAGGAGGCAGUUCGAUUGAUCGAGACGGCUAUCGAAGCCAUCAAAGGAUCUGACUUGGAUGUUGCACAAAAUGAAUGGCAAUGGGAGUUGGAAGGGACCGAUAGAAUGCUUAUAAAUGAAAUCAUCCUCCCAAUUCAAUGCUCAGAUACCGAAGUUACUGAGUCUGAAGCAAACAAUCCUCAGGGAAGGACUUAUAAACUUGUCCGUCAACCAGUCAUCCAACUCGCUAAAUUAGCAAUCCCACUCAUCAAGAUGUCUCAGCUUUUCUUCAACAAGAUAUCAACUCGCGGGAUGAACAUCAAACGGCUCCCAUCUUCCACAGAGAUGUGUUCGGAUCAAAUCGAGAAUCUAGCCAAAUCACUUGAAAGAGUCUCUCAAGCCAUCAUCGCACUCGUCAUUUGCUUACAUAGAGCCGAUAGGGCUGAUGAACUCCAUUCGACUAUCCCCGAGCUCAUCCAAAUCGCCAACAAUCUCAAGUCUCGUUUCGAAUCUCCUUUGCUGGCCGUAAUGCUUUAUCUAGUCCCUUCACUCCCAGAUAUUAUUGACUGUUUUCCAAACCAAAAGUAUUAUAAGGAUUGGUUUGUCACUUGGAAUACUCAGCGUAUCUUAGCUACUGAGAAUUUCAUCCAAUUUGCUAGAUCAAUCGAUAACCAUCCAUGA